GCAGUAAAUCGGGCGAGUGGGGAACGGGGCGCAGGAACUGCCGCCGCGGCCGGGAGUGGUGCUGCCCGGACUGGGGCCCACGGGGGUCAGUGGGGCGGAGGACUCGGGGGCUGACAGCGCGCACUUCACCGGCAGUUGCGACGGAGAAGAUAGCUCGUUGAGCUGGAACCCCACAGAUCACCAGUGAAAAUGAAGGCGGCGGAUGAGCCUGCCUACCUGACAGUGGGAACUGAUGUCAGUGCCAAGUACCGAGGUGCCUUCUGUGAGGCAAAAAUUAAGACUGUGAAAAGGCUGGUAAAAGUUAAGGUACUCCUGAAACAGGAUAAUACUACACAAUUGGUGCAAGAUGACCAAGUAAAGGGUCCUUUAAGAGUUGGAGCCAUUGUUGAAACAAGGACAUCUGAUGGAUCCUUUCAGGAAGCUGUUAUCAGCAAGUUGACAGAUGCUAGUUGGUAUACUGUGGUGUUUGAUGAUGGUGAUGAGAGAACAUUGAGACGUACCUCACUAUGCUUAAAAGGAGAGAGACAUUUUGCUGAGAGUGAGACUCUUGACCAGCUUCCAUUAACAAAUCCAGAGCAUUUUGGAACUCCAGUAAUUGCGAAGAAGACGAACAGAGGAAGGAGGUCCUCUCUGCCUGUUAACGAAGAUGAAAAAGAAGAUGAAAGUAGUGAAGAGGAAGAUGAAGAUAAGCGACGUCUCAAUGAUGAAUUAUUAGGAAAAGUUGUAAGUGUGGUAUCUACAUCUGAGAAGAGUGAAUGGUAUCCUGCUUUGGUAGUAUCUCCCAGUUGUAAUGAUGAUAUCACAGUGAAAAAAGACCAAUGUUUAAUUCGGUCAUUUAUCGAUUCUAAAUUUUAUUCUAUAGCAAGAAAGGAUAUCAAGGAAGUAGACAUUCUCAGUCUACCUGAAUCUGAGCUCUCUGCUAAACCAGGGCUGCAGAAAGCAAGCAUCUUCUUAAAAACUAGAGUUGUUCCUGAUAAUUGGAAAAUGGAUAUAAGUGAAAUCCUUGAGUCAUCCAGUAGUGAUGAUGAAGUUGGCCCAGCUGAAGAAAAUGAUGAAGAGAAGGAAAAGGAGGCCAAAAAGGAAGAAGAAGAGAUGCCUGAGGAAGAACCUGAUCCUGAAGAGAGGGACAGCUUCCUUCAACAGCUUUAUAAGUUUAUGGAAGACAGAGGUACUCCAAUCAACAAACCACCUGUAUUGGGCUAUAAAGAUCUCAAUCUCUUCAAACUUUUCAGACUGGUUUAUCAUCAAGGUGGAUGUGACAAGAUUGAUAGUGGUGCUGUAUGGAAGCAAAUUUAUAUGGACCUUGGCAUUCCUAUUUUGAAUUCAGCUGCUUCCUACAAUGUAAAAACUGCUUAUAGAAAGUAUCUCUAUGGUUUUGAGGAGUACUGCCGUUCUGCAAAUAUUCAGUUCAGAACUAUUCACCACCAUGAACCAAAAGUAAAAGAGGAAAAAAAAGACUUAGAAGAAUCCAUGGAAGAGGCUCCCAAAGUAGAUCAAGAAAUGCCUUUAGUAGAAGUGAAGAGUGAACCUGAGGAAAAUAUUGAUUCAAACAGUGAAAGCGAAAGAGAAGAAACAGAAUUAAAAUCGCCAAGGGGACGAAGGCGAAUUGCUCGAGAUGCAAAUUCUAUUAAAAAGGAAAUUGAAGAAGAGAAAACAGAAGACAAAUUAAAAGAUAAUGAUACAGAAAAUAAGGAUGAAGAUGAUGACUAUGAAACUGCAGAGAAAAAAGAAAAUGAGUUACUACUGGGGAGAAAAAAUACACCAAAGCAAAAGGAGAAGAAAAUUAAAAAGCAGGAGGAUUCUGACAAAGACUCAGAGGAAGAGGAAGAGAAGAGCCAAGAGAGGGAAGAAACCGAAAGCAAAUGUGACUCUGAAGGGGAGGAAGAUGAGGAAGACACAGAACCUUGCCUAACAGGAACCAAAGUGAAAGUAAAAUAUGGACGAGGGAAAACGCAGAAAAUCUAUGAAGCCAGUAUUAAAGGCACUGAAAUUGAUGAUGGAGAAGUUUUAUACUUGGUACAUUACUAUGGAUGGAAUGUCAGGUAUGAUGAAUGGGUGAAGGCUGACAGGAUAAUCUGGCCGUUGGACAAAGGUGGACCAAAGAAAAAACAGAAGAAAAAAGCUAAAAACAAAGAAGACAGUGAAAAGGAUGAAAAGAGGGAUGAGGAGAGGCAGAAGUCAAAACGGGGACGACCUCCUUUAAAAUCUACUCUUUCAUCAAACAUGCCAUAUGGUUUGUCUAAGACUCCAAACAGCGACGGAAAAUCAGACUCCUGUUCAUCUGAUAGUGAAACAGAAGACCUUUUAGAAAAGAAUUUGAUGAAUGAAGAACUUUCUCCUGAUAUUAAAGAAGAAUUAGAAAAAAAUGAAAGUUUAAGUGAUGAUAAACUAGAUGAAGAAAAUCCAAAGAUUGCUGCACAUAUAUUAAAAGAAAAUGAUAGGACUCAAAUGCAGCCUUUAGAAACCUUGAAGUUAGAAGUUGGAGAGAAUGAACAAAUAGUACAGAUUUUUGGAAGUAAAGUGGAACAAGUAGAAGAAGUUAAGAAAGAGGCAGAAAAAUCUCCUAAAGGAAAGGGAAGACGAAGCAAGACAAAAGAUCUUUCUUUAGAAAUUAUAAAGAUUUCAUCAUUUAGCCAGGAUGAAGCAGGAACUGAACCUCAUAUAGAAGCUCAGAGUAUAGAAUUUUCUUCAUUAGACAAUAAAAACUUUUCUUCUGCUACAGAAGAUGAAAUUGACCAGUGUGCAAAAGAAAAAAAGUUGAAACGGAAAAUACUGGGACAGUCAUCACCAGAGAAAAAAGUAAGAAUGGAGAAUGGAAUGGAAAUGACAAAUAGUAUUUCUCAAGAAAGGACCAGUGAUUGUGUUGCAUCUGACGGAAUGAAAAACUUAAAUUUUGAACAACACUUUGAAAUAGAAAAUGAAGGAAUGCCAUCAUUAAUAGCAGAGCCAAACCAAUGCAUUCAAGAAUUGACUAAAGAAAAAUUUGAUAGUCCAGCUGAAGAAACUGUAAAUACUCCGCUAAAAGAAGAAGAGGAUGCAAUGCCUCUGAUUGGGCCGGAAACCUUGGUUUGCCAUGAAGUAGAUUUGGACGAUUUGGAUGAAAAGGAUAAGACCAGUACUGAGGAUGUAGUAGUUGAAAGCUCUGAAUCUAACUCUCUUGUUUCUAUUCCACCUGCCCUACCUCCUGCAGUACAGCAUAACUUUUCAGUGGCUUCACCACUUACUCUCAGCCAAGAUGAGUCUCGAAGUAUAAAAAGUGAGAGUGACGUAACCAUUGAGGUCGAUAGUAUUGCUGAAGAAUCUCAAGAAGGUCUCUGUGAGAGGGAAUCAGCAAAUGGAUUUGAAGCCAGCGUUGCCUCUGGUACCUGUAGUAUAAUUGUUCAAGAAAGAGAGAGCAGAGAGAAGGGUCAGAAAAGGCCAAGUGAUGGAACUAGUGGAUUAUUGGCCAAAAAGCAGAAGCGAACCCCAAAGCGAACAAGUGCUGUAGCCAAAAAUGAAAAGAAUGGAGCAGGACAAAGCAGUGAUAGUGAAGAUCUUCCUGUCCUAGACAAUUCAAGUAAAUGUACCCCAGUGAAGCAUCUUAGUGUAUCUAAGCCACAGAAGCUUGCACGAUCUCCUGCAAGAAUAUCCCCUCACAUCAAAGAUGGAGAAAAAGAUAAACAGAAAGAAAAACAUCCGAAUUCAUCUCCUCGGACAUAUAAGUGGAGUUUUCAACUCAAUGAAUUAGAUAACAUGAACAGUACGGAGAGAAUCUCUUUUCUCCAAGAAAAACUACAGGAAAUCAGAAAGUAUUACAUGUCUUUGAAGUCUGAAGUUGCAACCAUAGAUAGGAGGAGAAAAAGAUUAAAAAAGAAAGACAGAGAAGUGUCUCAUGCAGGAGCCUCCAUGUCAUCUGCUUCAUCAGACACUGGAAUGAGUCCCUCCUCAUCAUCUCCCCCACAGAACGUACUUGCUGUAGAAUGCAGGUGAUAAAUGUUUUCUCUGCCAUCCCAGCAGUUUGCUGCCAAGGACAUAAAUCCCAAAUCCCUGAAAUACAACCACAGAAAGCACUCAACUGGUUUGACAUUGCUAAGUAUAUCCUGUACACUUUUCCAGGCUGGAUUGUAUCUAUUCCCUUCUCUUUUCUUUUUUUUUCUGUUGCAAGAAAAAUAAGCUGAUUAAUAACUGAAGUUUAGGCAGCCUGCCAUAUUUGUCAUAAUUUUUAAUUUUUUUUUU